AUGGAAGGAAAUUAUUCAUCAGAGUUGCAAAACCUGCAGCCUCCAAACAAGGGCAAUCUCAUUACAAUCCUCAGCAUUGAUGGUGGAGGUGUAAGAGGAAUCAUCCCUGCAGUCUUACUUGCUUACCUUGAAUCCCAACUUCAGGAAUUGGAUGGUGAAGAUGUAAGAAUUGCGGAUUAUUUCGAUGUAAUAGCAGGAACAAGCACAGGUGGUCUUGUGACGACGAUGUUAACGGCUCCUGAUACGAACAAUCGCCCUCUUUAUGCUGCAAAGGACAUCGUUCCUUUUUAUUUGGAGCAUUCGCCUAAAAUUUUUCCUCAGCCAAGAGGGCCGUUUGCAGGGUUGAUAAGUAUGAUGAGGGGCUUUCAUGGGCCAAAAUAUGAUGGGAAGUAUCUUCAUAGUCUGACGAGGGAGAUGUUGGGCAAUACGAGGUUGCAUCAGACCUUAACCAAUGUUGUUCUUACAACCUUUGAUAUCAAGAAACUUCAACCUGCCAUCUUCAGUUCCUAUACGGCACCAGAGGACUCUACAAUGGAUGCCUUACUAUCAGACAUAUGCAUCAGCACCUCAGCUGCACCGACUUUCCUUCCUCCCCAUUACUUUGAGAACCAAGGUGCAAAAUUCAACCUCAUAGAUGGUGGCAUUGUAGCUAACAACCCGACAUUGGUUGCCAUUUCGGAGGUGACAAGAGAGGUGUCCAAUGAGAAUCCUGAUUUAUUUCCAAUAAAGCCAAUGGAUUUUGGUCGUUUUCUUGUCAUAUCGUUAGGGACGGGAGCCAGGAAGAAUGAAGAGACGUAUGACGCUAGACGUGCUGCACAUUGGGGGGUCGUCCGAUGGUUGUACGUAAAUCCAAGCCCAUUGCUGAAAGCAUAUAACCAAGCAAAUGCAGACAUGGUUGAUUUUCACAAUGCUGUGGUUUUUCAGGCACUUCAUUCGCAACACAAUUAUCUCCGCAUUCAAGAUGAGACCUUGACGGGGGACCUAAGCUCAAUGGACAUAGCAACAAAGGAGAACUUGGAAAAUCUGGUAAAAGUUGGCGAAGAGCUCUUGAAAAAACCAGUUGCAAGGAUGAAUUGCCAAACAGGAGCCUAUGAACCUAUUGAGAAUGGUGGAACCAAUAUGGAUGCACUGAAAGAGUUCGCAAAGUUACUUUCUGAAGAAAGAAAAGUGCGGCUGUCCAACUUAAAUUCUGCUCCAUGAAUAUUCUCUAUGAUUCUGGGCCGAAUUUUUUAUUGCAAUUUAUAUCGCAUGUGUUAUUUUAUUU